AUGUCAUCAUUGUUGGAAUUCUAUAAGAUUUGUGGACUUCUCAAGACCACAAAGAGAACUGGUUGGGUGAACAAUGGCAUUCACCUGCCUGAAUCAAUAUCUGAUCACAUGUAUCGCAUGUCAUUGUUUGGCAUGUCACUUGACAGCAACACCAAAGGUGUAAACAGCGGCUUACCCAUUGACAGAACAAAGUGUAUCAAGAUGGCCUUAGUUCAUGAUCUAGGCGAAUCCAUUGUCGGUGACUUCACUCCCUACGAUAAGAUAUCAAAAGAAGAGAAGUUUAAACUUGAGCAAGACGCAAUGAUCAAGAUAAAGGAUACACUCAAUAACGAAUCAGGUAUUGAGAUUUACAAUCUGUGGCUCGAAUAUGAAGAAGCAAAGACAGACGAAGCAUUGUUGGUCAAGGACUUUGACAAGUUCGAGAUGAUACUACAGGCUCUAGAGUACGAGAAAGCGCAAGGAAAGGAUCUACAGUCAUUCUUUGAUUCUACAAGAGGAAAGUUCCUACAUCCAAUCUUCAAGGAACUUGCUAUAAAGGUGGAACAAGAGCGACCAAAGAACAACAAAGCUUGA